AGGGGCGGGGCCAACAAGGAGAUGACCCACCUGCAGAAGGAGGUGACGGCCAUCGAGACGAAGCUGGAGCAGAAACGCAGCGACCGGCACAACCUGCUGCAGGCCUGUAAGAUGCAGGACAUCAAACUGCCCCUGUCCAAGGGCACCAUGGACGACAUCAGCCAGGAGGAGGGCAGCGGUGGUGGGGAGGAGGGGGGCAGCGGCUCCCAACGCUCCUCCAGCCUCUACGCCCGGGAAGCCCUCAUUGAGAUCGACUACAGCGACCUGCCCGACGAGCUCAAGGACGCCCAGGCGGAGGAGGAGAUCCGUCAGGAGAUGAACCAGCUCCAGCAGCGUCUGACGGAGCAGCAGAGCGUCCUGCAGCGCAUCGCGGCCCCCAACAUGAAGGCCAUGGAGAAACUGGAGAGCGUCAGGGAUAAGUUCCAGGAGACCUCCGAUGAGUUCGAGGCUGCCCGCAAGAGGGCCAAGAAGGCCAAGCAGGCGUUUGAGCAGAUGAAGAAGGAACGAUUCGACCGCUUCAACGCCUGCUUCGAGUCCGUGGCCACCAACAUCGACGAGAUCUACAAGGCCCUGAGCAGGAACAGCAGCGCACAGGCCUUCCUGGGCCCUGAGAACCCGGAGGAGCCGUACCUGGACGGCAUCAACUACAACUGCGUGGCCCCAGGGAAAAGGUUCCGGCCUAUGGACAACCUGUCGGGGGGGGAGAAGACGGUGGCNGGGGGCAUUUAG